CGGGUUUUUGGAAGCAAUCACAUGCGAAUUCAUUUUGCAGGGUCUGUCGCGUGACGUAACCAAGAUACCAUGAUUACGAUACGCCGCCCGCCAACUGCGACCUUUGGCGAGUAUCAGCCCCGUUCUGGCACCGUUCGGAUGAACUUCCCCGUUGGAAGCCGUCAGGCCCGAAAGCAGAAUCCCUUGCGAGCUCCCUUGUCUCUUUGCCCGCCGUCCAUCCAAUGAACCAUCUGUGGCUCUGCCACCCUGCUUAAUUCUCCUAUAAGCAACUCCCCAGGGUUUUGCUUUUUCCUUGCUGUCAGUGAUCUCGACUCAGGCCUUUCCGUGGCACGACGGUCCGCCGUUUAGAGUCGGACUUGUCUCGUUUUAUCCAUGACCGCGCUCGUUUCUGCCCCACUGGACUGUCCCCAAACGGCCCUUCAGUGGAUGUGCCUGGCACAUCGCAGCCCCGGAUUUUGGCGAGCCUCGUGGAUUCGUGGGCGUAUGCCACCGGCUGCUGGGUUACCGACGCAGAGCUACCCCUGAACCAAGCUGAAAUCGAAGAUUGCCAUUUCCGACGCCAGACUCUCAUCCGGGACCGAGGCGCGACGUCGGCUUUGCGUCGCACGGCAGCACGGCAGAUCAUACCGAAGGAUCCCCCACUCCCCCAAAUUUGUCGCCUCCUUCGCCCCAACCGCAGCUAAUUUCCUGGUUUUGUAAACAUAUGGAGUAAAUCCUGCGAUUCUCAGACGGUUCCUGAACUUGGGCUGCAGGUUUCUCGUCAGUUUUUCAUAGGUCCUUGCCUAGGUACAUUCCGAAUAUAUCAACUUUGGUGGCUGUCAUGAACUAGGAGGGACCAUACCACUAUGGAUCCUGCUGCCCUGAUUCACAGGCGCCAUCGGGCCACAGCACUGUUCAAGCCCAUUUUACGAGCUUACGCUUUAGGGUAUCUCUCUUCAACGACUCCAAAAGUCCUAUCCUGCCUGCGGCGUCUCUGGGGAAACAAUGACCUGACCUACCAAGAAAAAUCAGAGCAGUUGCUCCGAGCGCUCACCGGCGCACUACGCUUGGAGAGCUUUCCGACUUUCUGCGCUUCACUCGUUGGGGGCUCGACAUUGCUUCCUCUGCUGAUUGUGAGAGGCCUACAAGCCUUUUUCCGUAGACUUGGCUCGGAACCCAGGAGGUUAAGCUCCAGGGAAGCUUCCCGAUUGAUCCAAUUCACUGCUGCAUUCGUAUCUGCAUGGUUCAGUUUCCAGAUUUUGAACCGGAGGCCUGUUAGUUUGCAAACCGUGCACAAGGAUGGCGGGGAAAAUACAGCAGCAGAGGCAGAGAUUGCCUUUUACCAACAGAGCAAGCUACACCCACAUACUCAACCUCAAUUCGCUGGAAGGACAAUGGAUCUCACUCUCUUUACAUUUACUCGGGCACUCGACUCACUAGCCUGCAUCUCGUGGGCCUGGAUUCGACAGAAAUACGAAGGCAAUCCACGUUGGGCUUCAGUGGAUUCUCUUGUUCCCAGGCUGGGAGAUUCUGCUGUUUUUGCCGCCAGUGCGGCAGUAGUGAUGUGGGCUUGGUUCUAUGUCCCAGAAAGACUGCCAAGGUCUUAUGGAAAGUGGAUUGGAGAGGUGGCCAAAGUGGACGAACGCUUGAUCGAAGCCCUUCGUCGCGCACGGCGGAAUAUCUUUGUUUACGGCAAGGAUACCGGCCAGGCACCCCUACUCGAGUCUAUGUGCAAGGACUUUGGCUGGCCUAUAGAAUGGGGCGACCCUGCUAAAACGAUCCCAAUUCGGUGUGAGAUGGUGCACAUGGGUUGUGGUUCUAGCUGUGAGAUGCACGCGGUUUCUCGUUUUGUCAGGACAUUUAAGUUUGCCUGUGCAACUUACAUUCCUCUGCAAAUUGCGUUCCGGUUCCGAUCCCUGAACUCGAUAGCUGCCCUCCGUCGCGCUGUUUCCGACGCUUUACGGUCAUCCACGUUCCUCGCCUCGUUCGUCAGCAUCUUUUACUACUCUGUGUGUCUCGCCCGGACGAGGCUCGGACCCAGGCUCUUUAGUAAGAAAACCGUAUCACCACAGAUGUGGGAUUCUGGACUCUGCGUCGGUGCUGGGUGUGUGAUGUGUGGAUGGAGUAUACUCGUUGAACACGCGAAGAAACGGCAAGAGAUUGCAUUGUUUGUGGCACCCAGAGCUGCAGCCACCGUACUACCAAGGUUUUACAACACAAAGUAUCGAUACCGGGAGCGUGCUGCAUUCGCCAUUAGUGCAGCUGUACUUCUUACCUGCUUCCGGGAAUGCCCCGACAAGGUUCGAGGGGUCUUCGGCAAAGUUGGAAGAAGCGUGUUAAACUAAUUCGUCAUUCGAUUCUGUCCACUAGUACCUGGACUGUAUGAUUUUCGCAUUUUCCAACUUUCAGUGUUUCGGCCGGCCGGUGCACCUUCGAUAUAGAUUUUAUCUCUAACUGUAUAAUAUCCUGCAUGAAUAGAAUCAAUUACAUAUGACAUGAGGCUCUAUAAUAUCCACAUAUACAUGGUAGCAGGUUAUGAGCAUCGUAUGAGC